AAAACACACACUCUUUACAAUCAAAUACCAACAAUUUCAAGCAUUCUUUCUAAACAAACACUCUCUCCAAUGGCACACAAUCAAACACAUUGCGCUCUCGUUUUAAAGCCAAUGAUCCUAGUAGUCACGAUAGCCGUGUUAUGUAGUUGUGCAAUGGCACAAUCGUCUUCAGGGUGCACAAACGUGAUCAUUAGCAUGUCACCAUGCCUUAACUAUAUUUCUGGCAAUUCUUCGACCCCCUCUUCAGGGUGUUGCACCCAACUCGCUACUGUGGUCAAGUCGCAACCACAAUGCCUGUGUGAGGUUCUAAACGGUGGUGGUUCGUCCUUAGGCCUUAACAUUAACCAAACUCAAGCUCUUGAGUUGCCUAGGGCAUGCAAUGUCCAAACGCCUCCAACUAGUCAAUGCAAUGCUGGAUCACCAGGAAGUUCUCCAACAACACCAUCUUCUCCAAAUAGUCCUUCUGGUUCGGGUGGUGGAGCGAAUACUGUACCAUCGGGUAGUGGUUCAUCAAACACGAUUUCUACACUGUUUGCAUGCGCUCAACUUCUAUUUUCUCUAUUAAUCGCUUCCUAUGUUAUUGCUAUUUGAUAUGGCUAGAUUGCGAUCUACUAUUGGCUUUCGGUUUUAUUUGUUAAUGUACUCUAUUCUUUUUGCCAUCAGAUUUUGUAUCUUAUACAUUUAUUAAAUAAAUUUAUGUUAUUUUGGUUGAAA